CACGGCACGUGGACAGUAUAUUUGUAAGUGCAUUGUGAUCAAAUAGCACUGUGUUAUGGACAACCUUUAGUUGACAGUGACUGUGACUGUUUUGAAUUCUCAGAAUAUAAUUUAGUUUCGGUAGAAGGGUGUUUUGACGUCAUUGGGGAGUCAUCAAAUAGUGUGUAUAAUUCACGUAUAAAUUUUAACAACUUAGAUUCAAGGAUUGUAUUAAAAAAGGCGAUAACAGAAUUACGAAAGAGAGAGAGAGAGGGAAAAAAAACAACAAGAAAAAAACAUGCAGUGUUAGAUACCAGCUAAUUCUCUAUGACGUAAAAGCCUUCCCUGACAAGUAUCAUUUUCAAGCCUCGUUGAAUUGACACCUAAAUAUGAACAAAUCCAAUAUGGACACAACAGGUUUGUCGUCUGCUAAUGUAACGGUUCCAGAAGAUUCUAACAGUGUCACGGACCAGGCCGCGUCUGAUGAUGAUCCCCAGUACGCAUUGACAGCAGACGAUCCUGCGUUUCCAGACGAUGGAUAUGUCGCGUGCACGUCUGACGUCAGAGAAGGCUUGAAUUUGGGUUUACAGGACGUGCGCUCGACUCGCGUGUGUGGAUUAUGCGACAAGAACUUCGCCGAAGGCCGCUGUUUAGACUGUGACGAAGAUUUGUGCAGUGUCUGCGUCAAGUAUCACGAAAAGCUUAAAAUAACAUCAACGCAUAACAUUUUAUUUAUUGAUCCUCCUGCAAAUUUGGAAAAGGUGCAACAUGGUUCUGUGGGACAAAAAAUGCGCAUUACAUGUCCGAAACACGAAGACGAGUUGCUGAAAUUUUUCUGUAAGUCUUGCAAGGUUCCCGUCUGCCGUGACUGCAUCCUGACGUCACAUAAGGACCACGUGACAGGCGACAUUUUGGACGAAGCCCAAGGCGCGAAGGAACAAGUGCAGAUUAUGCUGGUGAAAGCGGAGAAUACUAAACGGACUAUAGAAGGAGAUCACGAGAAGCUUAAAGAAUACGAGGGUGAAUUUCUGGAAAGCAUUCAAAAGGUCAGUGCAAUUGUGAAACAGCUGUACAAAGAUAUCUCCGACCGCGUGGAAGAAUCACAUCAGAACCUUGUGGAUACAAUCCAGUCGACGAAAAACGACGAACUCAGCCGAAUUCAACACUGUGAAGAGUUCUACAAGCAAAAACUUGUCUCUAUCUCGGAUGUUCUGUACAAAGGGGAGAAACUGCUGUCUUCCGAGACGGAUAUGGAAAUGGUGCUGGAGAUGGACGUCCUGCGACAGACUGCGCCUGGUCUGUGUAGCGUAAGAAGCAUCAAACCCGUGAAAGCGGAGUUUGUGUUGUCGGGGAAUCGAAACCUCGCCAGAAAUACUGCCGAGAACAUCAUCGGUCACGUGUCACUUACCGUCACUGAAGCGUCAGUUCAGGAUGGCGGGAAACACGCGUAUAUCAGAGAGGUUUGCUUGAAGCGAGACAUAGCUUUCCAUAUCUGGGAGAUGAAAUGCACCAAACCGUCGGUGAGGGGCAUCUGCGAAGGCUCAAACGGCAUCAUGUGGGUAGCCACGCCAAAGUCGCUGCUGAAACUGGGCACCGAUGGCAGACGACAGAACAGCAUCCAUCUGACGUCUGACGUUUCGUGCAUCACCAAAGGUCACGAAGGAAAACUCUUAGUGGCUUUCAGCCGGGGAAAUGGCAUCAAGAUCCUCUCCCACGAUGCCAUGAAUAUCUGGUCCACCUACGCAACGAUCCCCGAGACGGUCAUGGCAAUAUCAACCACGAGCGACAAACAGCGAGUAUUCGUCGCGUCUGCAGCGGCGCAGAAUCUUUAUAUAAUAUGCAACCACGGUAAGGACAUGGUCAGAGUCCCUCUGCCAGAGGACCUCUCGCAGAGUGACGCCGUCAUCACCGGAAUGGCGGUUGGAUCUGCCGGAGAGGUCGCCAUUUCAAACAGCAGCGGCAAAUUAGUGAUUCUUUCAGAUUCGUUUGAAGCCAAAUACGUCUACAAAGGACCAGAUGGAGUCAUGUUCCCCACAAGCAUCUGUUACGACAAACAAGGUCACUUGAUUGUGGCAGACGGCAAAAGAUACACGGUCCACUUGGUCAGCAAGUCGGGGCGUUUCCUGGCAUUUCUGCUUAAGAAGGAUGAUUUUCAGGAUAUUGGCGCACCGACCGCUGUUUGCGUGGAUGAAUGUCAACGAUUGUGGGUUGGAACUGACAUGGGCAAUGUUUGCGCUUAUACUUAUAUUCAUGAUGUUCUAUAAAUAUAGUUUUCCACGCAUUCUGGCAGGAUUGACACAUUCGGUUCAGCAGUAUGAAGGCGGUUGUGGGGGGUGGGGGUGGUCUAGACUGUGGCGAGCAUUUUCGGGGUGGAGUCCAGUCAUACUCCCCCGAAAA